AUGAAUGUUGAAGAUAAAAAACAAGAAAGAAGCAUGGUUAAAAUGGUGGUCACUGUCGCUGCGAGGCGUCUGAUCGGAGCCUACAACAGAGAUUGUGAAUAUGAUAUUUUAAAGGAUUCAAUGUUCGAACUUGAAAAGCUAUUUGAUGAAUUUUGCGUUAUAAAUGAGGAAUACGAACUCAUUGUAUCUGACGAAAAAUACGCUGAACACCGUGUAGUUAAUGGUGAAGACAUUAGGACUUACAGAGACAAUAUAAAAAGGUGCUAUGAAGAAGCUAGGAGUGUAUUUGUUAGUGUAAAGACAACAAUCGAACAAAAAGCUAGACAACAAAGUGCUGGGCCUGUCAAAGUUUUCCUAGAGAAUGACAUUUGUAGAAUUCAUGAACUAAUCACAGUCGUUGAUGAGAGUUUUAAAUUGGAUAAUGUGAAUAUGGCAGCUUUACAACCAGAUAAGAGUGAUCUACAGUCAAUUUUGAACAUAAUAUGUGACAACAUGGCAAAACUUGGCUCGAUUGAAACACAAGAGGAAGUUAACCUAAUCCAAGAAGAAGUCGAUGCUAUUAUCAGAGCAGUUUACAAUUGCAUCAGAAAGAUAAACUUGUUUUUGCAUGAGCAACAAGCAUUUGUUAAAUCAUUACACAUUGAAAAUUCCACUUUCCCCUCUGAAACCAACACCCCCCUGAGAACACUGAGACCAUCAACACCGUGUCCCCCCCGGAGAUCAACACCAACAUCCCCCCUGAGGACACUGAGACCAUCAACACCAUGUCUCCCCCCGGAAAUCAACACCAACACCCCCCUGAGAACACUGAGACCAUCAACACCAUGUCUCCCCCCGGAAAUCAACACCAACACCCCCCUGAGACCAUCAACACCAACACCCCCCCGGAUAUCAACACCAACACCCCCCCUGAGGACACGGAUACCAUUAACACCAUGUCCCCCCCAGAAACCAACACCCCCCCUGAGACCAUCAGCACCACUUCCCCCUCGGUAAUCAACACCAAUAUCCCCCCUGAGCCCAUUUACACUGCAACCCACCCUGAAAUUAUUGACACCCCUGCUAUCGAGACCAACACAAUUCCACCUAUGUUGCCAAUUAAUGCUCCCCCCAUUAAUUACUCCAGUCCCUUUGGCACCCAAGUUACCACCAACAUUACAAAGGCCAACACCCCCCUACCAACCUUACCUGGGACCAGUACGGGUUUUUGCUUGAAUACAUCAGCUCAAACCUUCAUUUCCUCUACCACCUUUCAUUCGGAAAGCAGUUCCACAUCGGGACAAACGCAUUUGUCUCAGCAAUGUCAGAAUCCUACAAAUUUAUCAACAGGUUUCCCUGCAUUUGCAAUGCCAAUGGGAUCAAAUCUGCCAAGAGUGGCAUCCAGCUAUUAUAGCAACCACAAUCAGACCAGGAGCAAUUUGUCAACCAGUCCUAUGUAUACAACCCCAUCUGGACAUCAACCCACAGUCCCGUCGAUUAAUACAAGACCUUCCCACCAAGAUUUCACCAUUCGUCUAAAAAGGAUGGCCCUACCCACAUUAUUCGGACUUAGGAAAGACUGGCCAGAGUUCAAGGCAGUCUGGAAGUCGAUGGCUGAGUCUGCAAGUUAUAAUAAAACUGCAUUAGCACACGAACUUAAGAACUCAGUUAAAGGAGAAGCCAAACACCGCAUCAAAUCUGUUUUUGUCACCAAGCCCGAAGCUUACGACAUCAUGUGGGAAAAGCUAGAGUGUCACUAUGGAGAUACCACUGCCAGUGUACAAGCUGCUUUGGAAGAUCUUCAAAGGCUAAAACCUGUAAAAGAAGAAGAUUAUAAAGCUCUGGUUGAAUUAGUGGAUGAAGUUGAAUCUGCCUACAGUCAAUUGGAAGAGCUCAACCAGCUAAACACUUUAACCAUGCGAGAUGUAGACAACCUAACUGAUUUGUUACCUACCCAUCUUAUAGUCGACUGGAGACGAAAGUAUCUUGAUUUAUCGUCUGCGGAGAAGCUUCAACCAUUUACUCCGCUAAUGAAGUUCCUAGACAGAGAACGUUCAGUUGUGGCUCGUUUAGCAGAGAAUCAGCAUUUUAAGAAAAGAGGAAAUGACAAUGCAAGAGGAGGAUACAGCAAAACCUAUCAUGUUGAAAGAGGUGCAAAACACGGAAAAAGAACCUACUACAAGUGUGCCUUCCCCACCCACAGAAAAGACACCAUAAAUCACACCACCGAACAGUGCAAAGAAUUCCAGAAGUUGUCCAUCAGUGGUAAAGAUGGCAGAUGAAGCAGGUAAACGCUUGUUUCAAAUGUUUUGGUAAUCAUAGGAAGCUUAACUGCCCCAAAAAACUCCCAUGUUCCUCUUGUGGAAGUGACCAACAUCAUUCCCUGCUGUGCAUCCCACCAAAGCUCUCAAAAGAUUCCGGGGAGAAAUCGAAAACUGGAGAUGAUGAGAACAAGGAAUUAGCAUCCUAUACCGUAGGAAGUGAUUCAAUGGCAUUAUACCCUAUCCACCAAGCGACCAUUAGCGACAGUGGUAGAAAAGUGUCCGUCUUCUGUGAUGGAUGCUCUAGCGCAAGUUAUAUCACUCAUCGUGCUGAGGAAAGAGUCAAAGCAAAGAAAGUUAAAAAACUCUCUCUUGACGUGACAACUAUGGGAAAUGUCGAGAAAACGUACAACACGUGGCAAUACGAGUUUCCAAUCAACACAAGUGCUGGAAAGAAAGUCACAAUUACGGCCUUUGGUAUGGAACGAAUUACCGGACAAGUAAGCAAACUGGAUCCUAAAGUUCUGGUCAAGUUAUUUCCAGAAUAUGAUCCAGAAACACUCCAGCGAAAGUCAACACACGUGGAUGUCCUGCUGGGCUGUGAUUACUUCGGUCUCCAUCCAAAGCAAGAAGAAGCUAGAUGUGGUGACAAUCUAAGUAUCAUGAAUGGAGCAUUGGGGAUUUGCCUCCAAGGCGCCCAUCCAGAUCUGAUCGAAGAAACAAGAUAUGACACCAAUCUCGCAAAGAAAAUACACGAUGUUAACGUGAAAGUGGAGACGUACAAGACACGCUUGGACUCACAUCCAGAGUUCCAUCCCAACCAUACCAGAGAAUGUUCUGUUAAUGUAUCGAGUUCCUAUAGUCACCGAAAGGACGAAAGCCAGAUUGACAAUUUUAUACAAGGAGAAAAACUUGCCACCGAAAUUUCUCCACAAUGUGGUGGAUGUCGCUGUAAUAAGUGCCCUACUGUCGGACACACUUACUCUUUCAAGGAAGAACAGGAAUUUAAACUGAUUCAAGAAAACCUCGAGUACGACGAAGUUAACCAAUGCUGGAAAACCAGUUAUCCCUGGCUCGUAGAUCCACAAAGUUUACACGACAAUUAUCACACUGCACUUGCUACGUUAGAAAGAACUGAAAGAACGCUUAAGAAAGAUGACCAAUGGGCUAAGACGUACAAGCGCCAAAUGGACGAUAUGGUCGAUCUUUGUGUAGCAAGAAAACUAUCAUCCGAAGAAGUAAAAAGCUGGACUGGCCCUGUGUUCUAUAUCUCCCAUUUAGCAGUUGUAAACCCGCAUUCCAAUUCUACGCCCGUAAGAAUUGUGUUCAACUCCAGCCAAGCGCACAAAGGUGUUUCGUUAAACGCUUGUCUCGCAAAAGGUCCAGACAGCUACAUGAACAACCUGGUUGGUAUUCUUCUACGUUGGAGAGAAGAAAGAGUAGCGCUAAUCGGAGAUAUUCGAAAGAUGUUCAACUCAGUUUAUUUGAUUACAGCAGCAUCGCCCACCGGACAUUUACGUAAUACAACGAGUCAAUAUGGGCGAUACACCAGCCCCCGCCAUCAGCACAGAAGCUGUCUACAAGACCGCGGAGUUGUAUCGAGAGGAUAGUCCACAAGCCGCAAAUCUCCUAAAACAUUCCAGUUACGUGGAUGAUUUGAUUGACUCACGUCCAAGUAAACCCGACGCGUUAAAGAUUGCCAAGGAAGCCGAGGAUAUCCUUGCCAAAGGAGGAUUUGCUGUAAAGUGCUGGAAAUUCAGUGGCGAAACACAACCUCGCGUGAAGGAAGAGUUGUUAAAAUUGGACCUGCCAGAAAAGAGUGUUGAAAGCUUAGACCAAGGACUAAUAAUGUUAAAAGGAACUGACGAAAACUUACGAGUGCUCGGUCUGGGAUGGAAUCCAAAGAAAGAAACCAUCACCUAUGAAGUAACUUUGAAUUUCAGUAGCAAGAGACGCGGAGUUCGAACCGGUCCAAACCUGCUAGAAAGCGACCUACCAAGUGCAUUACCGAAUGUGUUAACCAGACGAAUCGUUCUUGAGCAAGUAAUGAAGAUUUAUGACCCACUCGGACUGAUUUCUCCAUUUACAUUGAUGGCCAAGAUAUACUUACGCGAAACCUGGUCCCGCAAGCUCGGAUGGGAUGACCCACUUCCAGCAGAACUUUGCAACAAAUGGUCCAAUUUCUUCACUGCUCUUUUCAAACUUCAGCGUUUGUGUUUGGAGCGAUGCUUACGACCUGGGAAUAGUGAUGGACGCCCUUGGUUAAUAAUCUUGAGCGAUGGUAGUGAUCUCGCGUAUUGCUUUGCAGCUUACAUUCGAUGGAAAUUGGAUGAUGGUAGCUACUGGUGUAGGUUGAUCAUGGCGAAGUGUCGUAUUGCUCCAAUCAAUAAGUUAUCUACCCCUCAGAUGGAGUUAAACGCAGCUGUUCUGUCGAAAAGAGGAAGAAAGGUCAUCGAGAAAGAAAUGAGGUUCGACUUCGAGAGAGUUUUACAAAUCGUGGACUCAGAAAUAGUCUUGAGUAUGAUCCACAAGACAAGCACACGUUUCAAAGUUUACGAGGGGGUACGAAUCGGAGAAAUCCAAGCAGCAACUGGAGGAGAUCUGACUUGCUGGGCUUGGAUGUCUGGCCAACAUAAUACAGCUGACUGGUUGACACGCGGCAGAGCACCAGAGGAGCUGAACAACGAUUCUCAUUGGUGGAAUGGACCGCCGAUUCUAUACCGACCGAUAGAAGAAUGGGGAUUAAAGUUUAACCCAAGGAAAGAACCACUCCCCGGUGAAAAGAAAGUCCAUGUUGUAGCAGCAGCGAGCGUAGAGGCAUUGUUGAUCGACUAUGAAAGAUUCAGCAAUAUCAACAAAGCUAUUUGGGUCGUCGCCAGAUUGCUAAACAUUGCGAAGAAGAAAAGUUUUAAAGGCGGAAGGACUCUGUCCAUCUAG